UGGAGUGAAGAUUAUGGUGUGUUUUGGAAUCCUCUUAUCCAUUGUGGUUGGCAUACUGGUAACCAUGAAUGUGGCCCUGUUCCGGAAUAUCCUGAAUGUUCUUACGGUGCCUCCUGUGAGCUUUAGCCGUGCAAGAAAUACGGUGGUGUUCUUCGCUGUUCUCGGUCUCAUCAUUUUGGUCACGUCUUUCAUCCACGCCUUCCUAUUGAAAUAUGCUGCAAAACAACAACUGAACAGAAUCCGUUUGUUAUACUUUAAGGCACUUAUGAGACAAGAAGUAUCAUGGAUUGACCGACAUCCCAUCGGGUCACUGCUGGUGAAACUCUCUCAUGAUACCUAUUUAAUAGAACAAGGAAUCGGGACCAAACUGGGCGAAUUUGUGCAGAAUGUAUCCAGCUUUAUAUCUGGGAUCAUCUUCUGCUUCGCCUUUGGCUGGAAGCUCACUCUGGCUGCUUGUGCUACUUUACCUUUUAUGGCAGCAGCUUUCACUUUGUUUGGCGUGUUUACCAGGUAUUUUGCUGUGAAGCAGUUGAAAGCCUACGCGCGCGCUGGCUCGAUCGCACAUGAAGCGCUGACAGCAAUCCGAACUGUGUUAGCGUUUGGAGGAGAGCAAAAAGAACUGCACCGAUACAUCACCGGUGCUAUCGGUUUGACCAUUUACACUUCCACUGGUAUCAUCCUUUGGUAUGGCGUUCAACUAAUGCUUCAGGAAAACUAUGACCACGGAACAAUCAUACUGAUAUUUAUGAACAUAAUCAUGGGCAGCAUGUAUCUGGGAAAUGCACUUCCAUUUCUACAACAUUUCACAAACGCUAAGAAUGCUGCGCGAGACAUUUUUGGAACCAUUGAGCGGAAACCUCAAAUCGGCAAAGGACGGGACAAACCGAUGCUCGCCGACUUCAAAGGAGAUAUCCAGUUUCAAAAUGUGUCAUUUGCCUACCCUUCUCGCCCGGAUGUCCCAAUACUUCAAAGGCUCAACAUGAAGAUUGAAAGUGGGAAAACGAUAGCUUUGGUUGGGACCAGUGGAUCUGGUAAGAGUACCAUCGUCAACUUGCUCCAGAGGCUUUAUGAUGUCACCUCUGGUCAGAUAACCAUCGAUGGUGUUGAUAUCCGGGAUCUCGAUUUGGAUCACUAUCUAGAACAAAUUGCCUGUGUCCAACAACAACCGGUGCUGUUUGAAGACACAAUAGCAGAAAAUAUUCGUAUGGGUCAACUGAGUGCUACUCAGAAAAUGAUUGAGGAAGCCGCAAAACAGGCCAACGCUCAUGAAUUCAUUUCAAACUUGCCAGAGGGCUACCAGACGGUCGUCGGGCAACAGGGCGAGGCUCUUUCAGGUGGACAAAAACAACGACUGGCUAUUGCACGCGCCCUCAUCCGAAAUCCGAAGUUGCUGUUGUUGGACGAGCCCACCUCAUCAUUAGAUACUAUCUCGGAGAGGGAUGUUCAAAGAGCUCUGGAAAGUGCUGUUUCCGGACGGACAGUAUUGAUUGUUGCACAUAGGCUGUCCACAAUUCGUCGAGCUGAUUUGAUUGUCGUAAUGGAGAACGGCGUUAUUUGUGAAACUGGAACUCAUGACGAACUGCUGGCAAAAGAGGGGCUUUAUGCAGCAAUGUUUCGUGAAGCCGUCGGUUCGACUGGAGACGAAUCAUCUCUUGGAUUCGACCAGAUUAGCCAUGAAGGAGUUUGGAAGCACAAACAGGACGCAGACGCUACUUCAGUGUCCUGGAAUGAAGGACACAGCCAGGAGAAAUCGACUAGCUCAGUGUCCGUUAUUUUAAGCCUCCUAAGGCGGAACAAGUGGGUGCUCUUCCGAAUGCUUCGACUCAACCUACCAGAAGUGUGGCAGACUGUCUCUGGGUGUCUAUUUUGUAUGGCAGCGGGGGCCGUGCAGCCUGCCUUUGCUGUUGUCUAUUCGGAAAUCUUUGGAGUUUUUCUGGGAAAUAAAAACACAGCCAUCGUGAUUAGAAAAGUAAACACUAUGGCCUGGAAAAUGACGCUAAUUGGUUUAGUACGGUUUAUUGCAAUGCUUGCUCAGGGCUAUUUUCUUGGCGUUGCUGGAGAAAGUCUUGUCAAACGUGUCCGUGUCAAAACGUUCGAGGCCAUGAUGAACCAGGAAAUGGCUUGGUUCGACCGUCCUGAAAAUCAAGUCGGUAUGCUCACCACUAAACUCGCUGACGAGGUGGCAAAAGUUAGGAGCGUCUCUGGUCUACAGUUAGGUGCAUUCAGUGAAGCUAUCGUAUUGGCUGUCGCAACGUUGAUCGCAUCGUUCAUCUUCAAUUGGCAGCUGACUCUGACGUUUCUUGCAUUUUUUCCUAUCAUUGUAAUGACUGGGAUUUUCCGCAUUCGAAAUUUGGCUGGAAGUGCGCGGAACGACCUAGAAACGCAAGAGAUUAGCAUUGCCAGGGAAUCGUUGGAAAACUAUCGAACGACUUUCACAUUCAACUUGGCGGAUUACUUCGAAAAUUUAUUCAAGAAAAAACAAGACGCCAAACGCAAAGAAGUAACUCGUGGAUGUGCGCUUUUUGCAAUGGUGUACGGUGUGACGCAGUCGAUUAGUAUGUUCGCUCACGCAGCUAUAUUCGGGCUUGGUUCGUAUAUGCUUUCGAACGGAAUGGUUGCGACUAUCGACGUGUUUAGGGUUUUCUGUAUCAUGAAUCUCGGAGCUCAAUCUCUUGCGAGAACGGCUUCGUUUGGCGGUCUGGCAAUCAGAGCCUCCAUAUCCGCAAGGCUCAUUCUUGAAACCAUUGACCGCAACUCAGAAAUUCCAACAAACAAAGGUCUCACUCCUGAAGUCUCUUUCCAAGGGAAACUUUCGUUCAAACGGAUAUACUUUCGUUAUCCGACGAGGAAGUCUGUUCCUGUGCUACAGAAUUUCGACUUCACCAUUGAACCCGGCCAAACCGUUGCUCUGGCAGGCGAAUCUGGGUGCGGGAAGUCCACUCUCCUUCAACUUAUUCAACGAUUUUACGAUCCAUCUGAUCACGGUCCGGACAGUGGUAUUUUCUUUGAUGGAUACCCCGCACGCCAGUUGGCUCCUGCGUGGAUUCGUCGUCAGAUUGGUAUCGUGUCACAAGAACCUGUAUUAUUUGACAUAACGUUACAGGAUAACAUUGCCUACGGGGAUAACACUCGUACUGUUCCAAUGGAGGAAAUCAUCAGCGCAGCCAAGAGAGCCAAUAUCCACGAUUUUAUCAUUAGUCUACCCAAAGGUUACCAAACCAUGACUGGAGAAAAAGGGACACAGUUAUCCGGAGGACAGAGACAGCGCAUCGCAAUCGCUCGUGCCUUGGUGCGAAAACCCGCACUUCUCCUUUUAGAUGAGGCAACUUCUGCUCUAGACGUUGAAAAUGAGCGCAUCCUACAGGAAUCACUAAGUAGCGCCACAGAUCGACCCAAGACGUCCCUGGUUGUUGCACAUCGACUGCAUACAGUUGAAAAAUCGGACACUGUUGUUGUUAUCGAUGGUGGUCGCGUUGUCGAACAUGGCCCACCAGCUGCCUUAUUGGCUGCCAGAGGAGCAUUCUAUGCGCUAUAUGCCGCCGAGAAUCCGACGAAUGAGCGUGACUGA